AAUCCAAGCAACUUGCCAUAUUCGGGACAUGUGUUCAAUAGUUGCAAUGGAAACAGUUCAACUUAUUACAAUGAUAAACUUCAACAUAAGGCCGUCACCAGGAUAAAAAUGAAGAUCCCAUCGCCGCAACCCUUUAAGGUUGGGGACGUUCGGAACUUUUCGAAGGACGCUGAGGAAGUUGCGGAGACUGCCGAACUGGAUACAGAUGGGGUAUUUUGGCGGCGC